AUGGAGAAAGCCUGGAAGGCACAAAGUACCAUCACAUCACCUUUGCCUUCGAGGCCACAUCGUUGCACGGGGAAGAGGGACACAGGCUGCUUCUCACAUCUGGCUGCUUCUCAGAUUGGCUUUAGGCUGUGGUUCCAGGCGCUUCUGUAUUCUCUGAGGGCCAGUAACCUUGCCUGGGGCCCCUUUCGAGGGGAUCAGGGUGCCACUCUAGCCAAAGAAUGUGGCAGAGCCCACCCCGGUCCCUGUCGCCCCCGACAGAGCCUCACCCUGGCCCCGGACGAGGAGAAGCAGGAGCCCACAGGCCAGGGCGCUCAGCCGCGCGCGAAGUCGGUCCAGCUGCGUGCACCACGGCAAGUCCGGGUGCAGGUGAGCGACCCUGAGAGCACAGUUGCUGUGGCCUUCACGCCCACCAUUCCGCACUGCAGUAUGGCCACCCUCAUUGGCCUGUCCAUCAAGGUCAAGCUUCUGCGCUCCCUUCCCCAGCGUUUCAAGAUGGACGUGCACAUUACACCGGGAACCCACGCUUCAGAGCAUGCAGUGAACAAGCAGCUUGCAGAUAAGGAGCGGGUGGCAGCUGCCCUGGAGAACACCCACCUGCUGGAGGUUGUGAAUCAGUGCCUGUCAUCACGCUCCUGAGCCUGGCUUUUGACCCCCAGCCUGCACACUGGUGUCCCGAUCCCAGCUCCACAUGGCCUUUUUUUUGUUGAAUCACUGACAAUGAGAAACUAACAUUUUGCAUUUUGUAAUGCACCCUUAAUUUAUAUUCAUUUCCCAGCAUGACUUAGCAUCUUUCAUCUUGGUGGAGUCACUUGGGGUUUGAGAGGGGGUGGUGGUUGUGAGUGCCUGUGCAGGAUGGAUCUAUGAGGUGCAGUUUAUUUAUUUAUUUAAAAAAUUUCUCUCAGUGUUUCAAUUAGGGAAAGUUACAAGUAUACCAAAAUAAAAAUUUUAAAAAAGGAAAGUGUAGUGUAUGAAUAUACCCAUAUACCCACCACCACCACUAGAUUCAACAGUUGUUGACCUGUGGAACACUGGCCUUAUUUUUGUGUAUGUAUGUAAAUAUAUUUGAGUAAGCUGCAGAGACGAUUCUUUACUUUUAAGUACUGCAUCCUACAUGUAUAACUGUAAGCCUAUAUAACCACAGUACUUUUAUCUGACC